AACGACGACGACAACGAUGACUAUGAUUGCGAUGACGGUGACGAUGUUGAUGACGAUGACCACGAUGAUGAUGAUGAUGGUAGAGGUAAUUGUCGUGGUGGUGGCGACAACGACGACAACGAUGAUGAUGAUAAUGAAGAUAAUAAUGAUUGUUGUUAUUAUUAUUAUCAUUAUUAUUAUUAUUAUUAUUAUUAUUAUUAUUAUUAUUAUUAUUAUUAUUAUUAUUAUGAUAUUGAUGACGACGAUGAUGAUGAAGAUGAUGAUGAUGACGAUGGUAGAGGUAAUUGUGAUGGUGUUGGCGACAACGACGACGACAACGAUGAUGACAAUGAUGAUGAUGAUGAUGACAAUGAAGAUAAUAAUGAUUGUUAUUAUUGUUAUGAUAUUGAUGACGACGAUGAUGACGAUAAUGAUGAUGAU